AUGACGGCAGGCCAAUACAACGUUGGUGUGAUCGGCUAUGGACUGAGUGCGAAGACCUUCCAUAUACCGUUCAUCAAAGCGGUGUCGGAUUUCAAUCUCUAUGCUGUUGUCCAGCGGAACCCAAAGCCAGAUGAUGACGCAGAAAAAGACCAUCCUGGAAUCAAAUCAUACCGGUCAGUGGAUGAGUUGGUCAAGGAUGAUCAGGUGCAUCUUGUCAUCGUGACAACGGCGCCAGAAUCACAUCUGCAUUUGGCUAAACAAGCAUUACACGCAAAGAAACAUGUUGUUGUUGAAAAGCCAUUCACUCCGACAUCCGCAGAGGCACGGGAGCUCGUGGAUCUCGCAAAGGCACAAGGUGUCGUUCUGACAGUGUAUCAGAAUAGACGUUGGGAUUCCGACUUCUUAACUCUAAAGAAAUAUAUCGAUGAUGGAACUCUUGGUCGAGUUGUCGAGUUUGAGACGCAUUUUGAUCGUCACCGUCCAGAACCACCAGCAGACAAUUGGAAAGCAUAUGCUGCUCCUGGUACCGGCGCAGCCUAUGAUCUGGGAACUCACUUGAUGGACCAAGUUGUGCACCUCUUUGGCCUACCAAAAAGAGUCACGGGGUUUGUAGGUUCUCAGCGAGCAGUCAACACCACGGGCCUCGAAGACUCGGCCACAAUGUUGCUCCAUUAUGACAAGUUGCUGGUGACCGUCAAAGCUGGCGUGGUGAGCCCCGAAGUCAAUCAACUGAGGUUCUGGGUACGCGGCGAGAAAGGCUCGUUUAAAAAGUUCCACCUCGAUCCCCAGGAGGACCAGCUGAGAAAGGAAGGGUUGAAGCCGGGAGACAAAAAUUAUGGCAUCGAGCCAGAAUCUCAUCAUGGCACGCUAAACAUCUCCCGGGACGGCAACAUCACGAGCCAGGUGGUCCCAACCGUCGACCCUCCCACUUAUGUUGAAUACUACCGCCGUCUUGCGCAAGCACUCGCUGGUGAUGCGUCAAAAGUCCCAGUUCCCCCCGAGGAAGCGGUCAGCGUGAUAAGGCUGGUGGAGCUUGCAAGGGAAAGUUCGAAAUUGGGCAAAACAUUAGAUGUCUAA